AAAAGUCACACUGAGUGUUUUGGACCUUCCGCUGCAAUAAAAAGAAACGUUACUCUUUACCUCCAGGGUUAACUCUUUCAGCAAUGUUGAGACCGUUUAAAAAAAAAAUGGCAGAGUGGUCUCACUUAGGACGGAAAGGGUGGAGUCCCCGCCCCCUGAUGCAGCAGCAGCAGCAGCAGCAGCAGCAGCAGCAGCAGCGUAGAGAGAUAGGGAGCCACCUGUCAGAGGGCUGUGGGCGGGGGCCAGGGCCACUAAGGCCUAGAGACCUGAGGCUGUGUGAGGCUGAGCGCACACUUAGAGCAGACAGCUUGCAAGAGAGGUGAUUGACUAAGACCCUGGGAGAUGACAGCCAGAGGGAGGGAAAGGUAGUCUCGGAGCCGGAGCCGAGGCAGAGCUACAGAAAGUGGAGGGUCCUGGAGGUGACUGCAAGGAGAGGACGCAACCGCAAGGGUCGGCAAAAGAGGAGCUGACGGCCUCUGUGUGGACGACGCCCGGCGGAUUGGCCUUUGGGAGCCAAGGCAACACAGCGGCGGCGCUGCGGGGCGGGGGUGCCAUGUCCGGGGAGCGCCCCCCGCGCACCGACAUCCCCCGCAACUUGAGCUUCAUUGCCGCACUGACUGAGCGUGCCUACUACCGCAGCCAGCGGCCCAGCCUCGAGGAGGAGCCAGAGGAGGGGCCAGGAGAGGCUGGGACGCGCCUCGGGGCCCGAUCCCGCGCUCUCGCUUCCAGUAGAGGACGCCGGGCUCGCUCUGCACCUGCAGGAGGCGGCGGGGCCCGAGCGCCCCGAAGCUGCAGCCCCGACACCCGCAAAAGAGUGCGUUUCGCCGACGCGUUGGGGCUAGAGCUGGCCGCCGUGCGCCGCUUCCGCCCCGGAGAGCUGCCCCGGGUGCCCCGCCACGUGCAGAUCCAGCUGCAGAGGGACGCCCUCCGUCACUUUGCGCCUUGCCAGCCGCGUGCCCGCGGCCUCCAGGAGGCGCGCGCUGCCUUGGAUCCUGCCAGCGAACCCGGCUUCGCUGCCCGUUUGCAGGCGCAGCGAAUCUGCCUGGAACGCGCGGAGGCGGGCCCGCUGGGCGUGGCCGGAAGCGCGCGCGUGCUGGACCUGGCCUACGAGAAGCGCGUGAGCGUGCGCUGGAGCGCCGACGGCUGGCGGAGCCAACGCGAAGCGCCCGCCGCCUACGCCGGCCCGGCCCCGCCCCCGCCGCGCGCCGACCGCUUUGCCUUCCGUCUGCCCGCACCGCCUAUUGGCGGAGCCCUGCUUUUCGCUUUGCGCUACCGCGUGACCGGCCAGGAGUUCUGGGACAACAACGGAGGCCGUGACUAUGCCCUGCGUGGGCCCGAGCACCCGGGCCGUGGCGGAACCCCAGAGCCACAGGGCUGGAUCCACUUUAUCUGAGACGCCUGCGGCUGACUGUGAAGUUACCAAAGGCACCUGGGGACUGGCGGAACCCGAAGAUUUGGAGAGGAGGAACGGGUGGAGGAACGGGAGAAACCGAGUGGGAGUGGGUGGGAUCAAUUAAGGUCGGGGAGAUAGGGUGGAAAACACCAGUUGGGUGUGAGUAAAAGAAACCAAGGCUUAAGGGAAGGAGGCCGGAAAGGGCUUUGGAAGGAUUAGAAACAAGCAAAGGAAUGGGAAUGAUGGUGAUAUAUUCUCUUUACGUGAGUGAGCCCUGGGAGAAGGUCCGUUGGGCGUAGACGAAGGGUUAAGGUACUUCUUUGCGAUUGAGGAGGUAUUUUGUUUGAAUUAGCAGUCCACCCCAGUUGAAGUCAUUUCGAUUGCUGGCGCAUCCCUUUUUGUUACCCAGCUUUGCCACCUCAGGUAUCCCAGCCCUACCCAUUCUAGUUUUAACUCCGCCAUAAUUGCCUUGCUAAAGUUGUAGGAACUUGGCCGUUGCUCCCUAGUCCCUGGUGUCAUUCUCUGAGAACUGGCUGGGAAGUGAUGGCAGGUAGCAAUCAGAGCUCCUUCCUCCGGCCUCCUGGCAGCCUUUGGGAGUUAAAAUGAAGGCAAAAUCACUCCAGGCUUGUCCUCGCAGCCAAAUAAUGCAGCGCCCAAAGGGUUUGUACACUCAGGGGCUUCCAGGGAAAUGCCAGCUUUACCUUUUCGGGGUGCCUUCUAAUGACCUUUAAGCACUUUAUUGGGCGUACUUGUUACGGGACAGUAAGUGACAAGAAUCACUAUUCUGAAUCUGCUUCAGGAGACAAGGAAGGCCCUGACUAGCUGUAUAACUUGGGGCAAGUUCCUUCACCUCCCUGGGACCCAGGUUUCUUUUUGGGAAAUUGCAUUUGCAUUGGAUGAUCUCUUAUGGCCCUUCUUACUUUGACAUUUUACCAUCUGCGAGUGGUGCAGUGUAGAUUAGAAGCCACAUUCUCCAACCUAUGGUUGGAGUGCUACAGUUCAGAAUGCAGCAGUCCUUGCUUUUUGCUCUGACCCCAGCCUGGGUUCUCGGAGACAGCUUUGAAGAGGUGCAUCUCUCCUGGGAAAAUGAUGCUUGGGAGUCCCAAAGAUGAAACAGUGUUGGGGGGCUGUCUUGAAAAUAAAGGAUUAUGGCUAUAAGAAAGGGAAAAUGUUUCAAAUCAAGAAUCAAAGCAAAAUUAGAAUCUUGAAAAUUAGACCUGGCCAAGUGACUCAGUUGUUU